AUGAGCAUCCGAUCCUACGAUCCCACUACUGACUUCAUUCAUCCCACUCUCACCACAAUCAAAGCUCGCCCCAACCGCGAGACACUCAAAAAACUCAUCAAAGAAAACAAAGACAACGCACGCAACAUCCACAGCGCACGAGGCGCAGGAGACGAAGGCCACCUCCGACUCUGCUUCCCUCUCGCCACCUACAAUGCUCGAGCUCACCUUGCAGGCACACCAUGGAUAGACCCCGUCCAUCCAGGUGCUAGACCAAACAUUCCUGGAGGAGCCACCGCAGCACAAAUCCAACAAGCUGUAUCUGAACACAGCUAUGACCUCCAAGAGUUUCAAAUUUUCCAAUCCACAGAAAGAGCGCUUCUCAAACUUACCAUGAAAGCCAUCGACGAAGUCUACUACAAAGCACUCGAAGACCCCGAUGAAGGAUAUUCAAUGCUCCACUACAUGGACCUCAUCCAACACCUCCUUGAGUCCUACGGCCAACUCACCAAUGACGACCUGGACAAAAACAUCGACCGCAUGAACGAACAAUGGUCAGUCAACGUACCCAUUGAAAAACUCUUCAACCAAAUCAACGACGCACAAGCAUUCGCCCGAGGCCACGACGAAAUUACUGACCGUGCAGCCCUCCGAGCAGGACUCAAAAACUUGGAAAACAGCGGCGUUUUUCAAGUCGCCCUCAAAGACUGGCGUGCAAAGCCCACAGCUGAACACACGUGGAACAACUUCCAGACAUUCUUCAAAGCAGCCAACACCGAAAGACUUCGAUCCGUCACCACCAAGCAAGCUGGCUACCAUGACCAGCACCAAGCCAACGCCGCGACCAGCAACAACAAAGGAAACCCAUUCAUUAUCACACUUGCAGACGGAGAAGCUAUGUCCUAUUGCUUCUCACACGGCCUCCAAUGGGACCUCACUCACAACAGCAACACAUGCCGCAACCGCCACCCAGAGCACAACACAAAAGCCACCCUCAACAACAUGCUUGGAGGCCGAUGCCAAAUCAAACGCAAACCCGGAGAAGCCGCCAUUGUGAAGUAUAUACCAAACAACAGGCAACAACGCAGUGGCGGCAGCAGCAACCACUCCGAGCGUGCCACCAGUCAAACACGCACUGACAGCACCUCCACCACAGCACACUCGGACGUUAGCUCUCUCACAAGCACGCAAACCUGA